GUCCCCAGCUACCUGAGGCGCGCCGGGCCCAGAGCGCUCCUGCGGGUGACACUGUCCCAGCUGGCUCAGAGACAGGGCGCUGGCCCCGCCCCGCCGGGCCCCGUGUCCUCUCCCGGCCAUCGUAGCAGGGCGGUGCAUUGCGCUGAGCUAGGAGACGUGUUGUUUAGGACGGAAGGGAGAUGGCGGCGGGGAAGGUUGAACAGAGCACCGCAGAGCCGGGGCUGCUGGCACCCGGGGUCGGACCCGACUGGGGAUAUGCUGAUGUACCACUUCGUUUGCUUUGCCUUUAGAGUCUGCCCUCUUUGAUGAGCUCAGUGACCUGGUUGACACAGAUGAAAUACAGCUGGAUGUGGAUAAUAAGAUUUAUGAAAACAGUCUUUAUAACCUCGACUUUGAUUUGGACUUGAUGUCUUGGGAUUCAGGCCCUUGGGAUGUGACAAGCCAUACUUGUAUAGAUGAAAACUUGAAGGAAGAGCCUCAGUCGCCAGCCACUUCAAUUUGUUCAGUCCCUUCACCAUUAUCAGACUCUUCAGGGCAGCAUGUACCUGAAGACUUGGACUUCAGCACCAGCUCCGAGAUGUCUCCUGUCUCUCUGUACAGCAAGAGAUCUGGAAGUCAGAAAGAUAAAAAGCUCACUUCCAAUGCUGCACACCAGUCUGCAAACAGCUCUGUGGGGACACCAAAAAGAUCUAGUCAGACAACAUCCAAACCUUCAAUUCAACCCAAGCCUCUCUUGCUGCCUGCAGUACCUGAAGCUCAGGCCAGCCUUGGCAUUCAGGCUAAAGCCAUCAUUAUUCAGGCUCUUCCAGCACUUUUGCCACUGACAAAGCAGCAGCCAGUUAUUAGUAUCCAACCGGCCCCUCCUAAAGGUCAGCCAUUGGUGCUUUCUCAAUCCACUAUGGUGCAGCUCCAGACUCCUGGAGUUCAUCCUGCAUCCCAGCCGGUCAUUGCUGUCACUGGAGGGACCACGCAGCUGUCCAAUCCCACUGUGAAUGUACUGGCACCAGCUACAGGAAGCAGUUCAGUGAGUGGAAAAAUAGCGCUGGCUAAACCCCUCCUCCAAGCCACUACGCAAACUACAUGCAUGGAUAUUAACAUCCUGAGAAGACAGCAACGCAUGAUCAAAAACCGGGAGUCAGCCUGCCAGUCACGCAGGAAGAAGAAGGAAUACAUGUUGGGGCUGGAAGCCAGGCUGAAGGUUGCCUUACUGGAGAAUGAGCAGCUCAAGAGAGAGAAUGGCUCACUGAAGAGGCAGCUGGAGGAAUUGGUGUUAGAGAACCAGAAUCGUAAAAUCCCCUCUCCCAAGAGAAAAGCUGUGUGUGUGAUGGUGAUAUUGGCCUUUGUAAUGUUGAACUAUGGCCCACUCAGUGUAUUUGAAAGGGAUCCCAGUGGAGCUGAACCCAGCGUGAGCCUUGCCCACCGCAGCAGAAAUCUGCUGGAGUUCUCAGCCAGCCAGAAGCUCAACACAGCUCAACAAAUGCCUAACAUCAUCUCCCAGAAUAAGGAGAGGUAUGAACGUUCUGUUUCUGAUAACAAAGCCUUAAUGGUAGUAACAGAAGACCCACUAUUGUAUAUUUCUCCACCACCCUGUCAGCCACUGAUCAACCGGACUGAGUCUCUCAGAUUAAAUCAUGAACUUCGAGGGUGGGUUCAUAGGCAUGAAGUGGAAAGGACAAGGUCUAGAAGAAUGUCAAAUAACCAGCAGCAGAAAACACGAGUUGUCCAGAGCUCUACAGGGGAGAAUGCAGAUUCUCAGCUGAUGGCCAUGCCAAACACAGACCCCAGCAUCAGCAGGAACUCAGGGAAUGAGCUGCAGGUGUAUUAUGCCUCUCUGAGAAAUUACCAAGACUUCUUUGAAGCUAUUCACAGAAGGGGGGAUACAUUCUACGUGGUAUCUUUUCGUAGGGAUCACUUGUUGUUGCCUGCCACCACCCAUAAUAAGACCAGACGGCCCAAAAUGUCUAUCGUGUUGCCAGCAAUAAACAUCAGUGAGAAUGUGAUAAAUGGGCAGGACUACGAGGUGAUGAUGCAGAUAGACUGUGAAGUGAUGGACACCAGGAUUCUGCAUAUCAAAAGCUCCUCCAUACCCUGGUACCUUCGACAACAGCAAGGGAAUCAGACCAACCCCUUCUAUAGCGCUGCUCCCACUGUCCCCGAGACAGCCCACCGCAUGAGAGCAAUCGUGGAAUCACUGCAGUAGCUCCCAGAAGCCUCACAGCUGCAGUCCGUGAGCCUCAGCAAGGAGGCAGAAAUGUUUGGUGACACAAAUGCAGCUUUCACCACUAUCACUAUUACUAGGUAAACAGCUGGGGAUACCCAGCUCCAGCACUAGGCCCUAUCACUUGCAGUUAGUCUGACCUUUCCAGGACUCCUAGAACUGCAGAGGGCUCAGCCCGGGCGUAAUUCCAACACUGAUACUCCUCCUCAAGUGGAACGUUUUACCAGAACCCUGUGACGCUGCCCUGCCCGUUGCCUUCCCAGCCUUGCUGGUGCAUCCUGCCCAGCCUCUUCCCCUGUCUGAUACAUCCCAUGAUGGCCCUGGGCAGUGUUUGACAUCAUCCUGGUAAUGACAGCGAGUGAACGGACAUCCUGCAGGGACCGGGCAGGCAGGAGAAGGAAGCUGGGCAGACGUGUUGUGAUGUCUGGGAGUGGCAGUAUGGCUUGGUGGUCAGCAAGCAGGGCUGGGGCCAGGAGGACAGGGCCUUACCUGCUGUAUGAUCUGGAAUAACUUCCUUGACCUGUAUUUCAGUGUCCCCAUUUAUAAAUUGGGGCUAACCGCUGCCCUGCCUCACAGAGGAGGGGGUUCUGAGGUUUGAUUAGCUGCUGUUUAUGGAAAGCUAGGGAUCUUGUGGAGGGAUGCUCUGGUAGACGUCCAGAGUUGCAGUAUUUAUUUAUUUACACUCAAGCAUAUUAGCAAACAGGGCAGAAGAAUAGGCAAGUUUAACUGUGGAGGGGGCAGCAAAACAUAGGGUGCCCUAGAACUGACAUGUCCUGUACCUGUGCAGAGGUAGGGCUGCAGCUUUUGUCUGGAACUGUGCGCAGUGAACCAUUCUGCUGACACUCUGCUCUGUACUUAGUGCCAGGUACCAGAAUGGGAGAAAGGAACAGCUGGCCUGGCCUCUAUGGUUCCCCCUGCAGGCAAGAAGAAGAAUGGCUCCAUGCAGGAACCACUGCAAAGCUGAGCUCUGCACUGUCCAGAGCAGGCACACGCUGCACACCCCUGGAAUCCUCCCCCACAGAGCCAAACCAGCUCUACUGCUUGCAGAGCUGCUGCCCUCAUGGAGGAAGACGAGGGACUGGAUUUGGGCUAGAUUUUAAGAUUCCCCCAGUCUAACUUCCUGCAGCGCACAGGACGUGGUGGGGAUUAUUCCAGUGUAAUAGUUGUCACCACUACAAACUUCCUCUGGCUGCUCAGUCUGAAUGUAUUGCCCUGGAAUCCCAUUCCACGCAGCACCCUCCAUUUCUGGUCACACUGGGCAGCUCCUUGCUCUCCAGGCGCACGCACUCUUCUCACCAGUAGAAGGGAAUUCCUGCCAUUUGAUUCCAUGCUAGCUCCUUGUGGGAAAUGAAUAGCAUUUUUAAAACACUCUCAUGAUUGAGAAAAGCUUUGUCCCCUUAGCAUGCUGAGUCUCCUUCCUAGCGCAGAAGCCAGCAUUAUCCUUGGAUCAUUUGGUCCCCGGAGAAAGCCAAGCUAUGUGCAAUUUAAUAUCUGUGGAAACAAACACCAGACGCUUCCUUAAAAGAGAGAUUUGGGGAAAAAUACACAAAAUGUUAUAACAAUGAACCUUCCUUUGUGCCCUGUAUGAGCACAGCAUGUUGGUUCACAGUGUCUUUUUAAAGAGCAGCACACUGCCUCACCUGCACCUUGUGGUGCACCUUUGACUUGCCAGAGAGUGACUGCCACAUCAUCUGUCAUGGUAUGAAUCAUGAGAUCAGACACAAGUGGCCCUAGCUCCUCAUAAAAAGGUCCUGUCUGUCACCUGGCUGCUGCUACAACAUGGGGCUUGUCUAGAACAGAACUGUAUGGGGCUCCCAGGCCCAAUCACUAUGGAGCAGACAUGCCAAACCCAUGAAAAAAAUGCAGAAAUUGGGCUUGUUUUUGACUUAAUUGGCUUGUGAGUUGCUUAUUGGCUAGUUUUUGGUUUGUAGCUUGUUGCUUGUUAUAGCUGGUUGCUUUUUUUUUUUUUUUUGAUCGGCUCCUGGCAAGCAGGGGCAAGGGGGGAGAGAGUCAGGGGUGCACAGCAGGCCCACCACAGGCCCAGACUGCACGCCAGGGGAUCUAGUCACAUAGGGUAUAGGGGUUCUUAGGGUUUUGGCUUGUUUUGGCCUUGUUUUGAAAUGGGAUUAACUUGAUUUUUGGCUUAUUGUGAAAGUUGGGGUGCUUAUUUACCAUGUGAAAGUUGGCAACUGUGCUAUGGAGGCAGUGUCCCUGCCAGCUCCUGUGUGUGUUUAGAGUCACUACGAUGUAUUUUAGGCAAUAUGGGAUUUUUAUUUUUUAAAUGCCAUGUCUGAGCAGCUUGGCCCUGAUCCAAGUUAGGCAAAUCUAGCAAGAAGAAAUCAGUCAGCUGAGCUAUCUCUUGUACUUCCUGUUAUGGGAUGUUCAUUUUAUGCUAGUGGUUCUCCAAUCUCAUGGGGUCCCUUUCACUUGUGUGCCCUAGUUUGUAAUGGAGCAUGGGCUCCUUAGAGCUGGGGGCCAAUGCCUUUGAGUAGCCCAAGCUGCAUUGCAAGUUACAGACAGCUGAAUGAGAACUGGGCAGCAGGGCAGAGAAAUGCCCCUCUAAAAUGGGUGAGGCAUUGGGCACCAGCUACAAAAAACAGAACUACCAGCGGAGGUGAAUACCUCCAUAGCAAGGAACCACUCUCUUCUGCUACACAGUGACCAUUUUUCCAGUGCUCCAAAGUAAUUCCUGCAGGCAGUGGGAGUCCAUUGUUUUACAAAUAAGAGUACCUGGAAUGUUGGUGACUGUAAGAUGUGGUUUACACUAGCCGUUAGACCUUGUACCCACUGGCUGUGUGAACUCUGGCAGGAGAACCAAGGUGGUAGCCUACAGGCACACUAACUAAUGGGAUAUGACAGGAGACAGAGCAGGGGGUGAGGCAGGGAUUACUUUUACAGUGUGAGAUGUUGCAAGUUUGCUGUGGCUUUUUGUGGGUGCUUGGGAGAGCACAUUCAAACUUCCCAGCUGAUGGCACUCUAUAUUUAGGGCUAAUGGUGCUGACUUUCAGGACAGUAGCUGCCAAUGUUUACCUUCUGAGAGGGGAAGGGGUGCAGACACCUUGUUCCAGUUCUUGUACUCAUGUAUUUUGCACCAGUGCUUACAAUGGGGUCUGCAGACGUACCAGCUGAGGGUGGAUGCUGUAACAGUCCAUGAGGAACAUCUGGUUAAAAGCAUUUACUUUGCAAUUAUAUUAACCUUCCUUUACCAGCAUUCUGAUACCACAGAUCAUUGAAGGGAUCCAGCCCUUGGCAAGUGUGAUGAAACCUGUGAUGAAAGAUGUGUGUGUUUCUAAGGAUUGUACUAAACUCUGGUGAUAUUUAAGUAUCUUAACCAUUAAACUUUCUCUUAAGCUCAUCUGAAUGGCUUCCACACUUUGACUGCAAAUCUCAUUGUGAAAAGCGGUGGUGUUAGAGCAGACAGGAAGAACACUGCAUGCCAAUCUAGAGUCCUUAAGGGUUGAUUGCGCAGGUUAAAUUGCCGAGUUCAACACAUUAAUUUGGGCACCUCGAUCUUGAGUAGUUUGUUUCUAUUUGAAGGGACAGCCAAGAUAAAAAUAGCAUCAUCUUGCUUAAGAACACACCUUUCCUGGGUUACUGAUACCUCAGAUUAUUAAAGUGAACUUCUUUUAAUCAUCCUUUUCAUCCUGAUGCUCUGUUUUUCCCUUCACUCACCUUAGAUGGUGAAAGCAAAUCUACUCAGGUUCUUAUUUAUAUAACCCUCAUCACUGUUUUGAAUCCCGCUGUUCACUUUCAUGUCAGUGUCACUUUCUGGCUCCCAUUUCCAGUGCAGUUCUGAUGUCUGUGUUUCUGUCACUGCAGGGGAAUAUUUAAAUCACCCUAAGAACUGUUUUACUUGACGUGUUGUUUUAAUUUCACUGAAAUAUUUCUAUUACAGUUUGCAAAACACUUUUAAACAAAUCCAAAUCUUAAUUUUGGCCUAAAAUAAAUGGAUUCUGUCCCUCACAAUCUGAUCUCCCCAGCCUUACAGAUCACCAGCAUGUCCUCUUGGACCAAAUCUCUGCACUCCGAAGAAUUUGAUUAUUCAUGCUCUCUUAAACAAAAUGAGAUUUCUGUAGGAUUUUGCAACAACUGUGGGAAGCAUGUAUUCAAAUGAAAGCUGCAGAAGUCUUGGUCCCCAUGGACUAGAGCCAGCUGGGAGCAUCAGGGACUCCGUUUGUGUAUCCCUUGCUGACCAAGGAGCAGGCCACAAAAUAGUGAAAAUGCCUGUGCCUUGUCUAAAGUAGUGCUGCCCCCUUUUCUAGCACUGCCUCUUGCAGACUCAUCCCAUGACAGCCUAGCACUAUCCCCAACAGUGACCAGAUUUGGGACUUUCUAUGUUGGAAAGGCAGUAAUUAAAUCAUGAGCCUGGUACAGCAGGCUCUUCACACGCUGAGCUCCCAUGCACUUCCUAAAGCUUCAAAUCCAGUCCUAAAUCCAUAGACCCAGUCCUGCAGUUGACCCCCCAGACAGACCUCAGCACUCAGAGGGCCUGACUCAAGCCAGCAAAGGUGACCCAGCAGGGCAUGGACUGUGCAGCACAUCCUGGAAAGUUCGUAAAAUGGAUGCAGCAAGGCUAUUCUUGCCAUUAUUUUUAGACCCUCAGAAUAAAAUCCUGUUUGGGGUAUAGGGGAUGAGACAGCUCUGAUUUUGCUUUUAAAUGAUAUGUGGGAUCACUGUAUGCAGAAAAAAAUAACUUUAUUUCAUUCUCAUAAAUGAGUCCAUCUGUGUUUGUAAUAAGAGGAAAUAAAAUCAUUUUUAAACUUU